UUCACUUUAUACACUCCGGUCCUCGAUGCAGAGGCGCAUUCCUCUCAAAUUCACCAUUGGUCCCAUGAUCUCUCUGGCUCCUCUCUCCUCCCUCCCAGGAGGUUUGAGCCAGAGGACCCUCCCAGCUCUCCACCCCAAUCAGAACCCUAGACUCUCUCUCUCUACAUUUUCUCUCUCUAGAAUUUUCUCCUCCAAAACCUUAAAAGUAUCUGCAAAAUCAAACCAGAGCACCAACAAAGAUAACACCGCCAUAGGAAAAGAAACUCUUCCUGAUAAGAAAUCCAUAGAAUUAGAUGGAGCGCUCUCUUCUGGGAAGAAAUCCUUUGCAGUAGCAACGGGAGAAAUCUUUUUAGGGUUAGCUUCUGCUCUCCUCAAGACAAGAAGGGAAAGCCUAAAGGGCUCUGAUUCAAAAACUGAGGUUUUUGUGGAUUUUGAUAAGAUCGAGGAGAAUGGGUUUUUGACGGAUGGUAAAAAUGGUGGUGUUUCUUCUUCAGUUUCAGAGGUUCCCUGUAUAGUUUGGGAGCAGAGGGAAAAGGAUAUAGAGGCAGAGAGGACUCGACCUAAGGUCACUAGCCCAGGGUUUAGUUUCUCAGCUGCUGGUCUUCUGUUCCCUUAUCAUCUUGGUGUUGCUCAAUUUCUUAUUGAGAAGGGGUAUAUACUGGAAACUACAGCAUUGGCUGGUUCUUCUGCUGGUGCUAUAGUUUGUGCUGUGAUUGCUUCUGGAAGCUGUAUGCAAGAUGGUCUCAGAGCGACCAAACUACUGGCUGAAGAUUGCCGUGCUAAUGGCACUGCGUUUCGCUUAGGGGCCGUUCUAAGAUCUAUGCUGUAUGAUUUUCUCCCAAAUGAUGUCCAUAUUCGGUCGAAUGGAAGGAUUAGAGUUGCUGUUACACAAAUAUUUCAGAAGCCAAGGGGUUUACUUGUGGAUCAGUUUGACUCAAAGGAAGACCUUAUCAAUGCAGUCAUUACCUCUUCCUUCAUCCCAGGGUACCUAGCGCCAAGGCCUGUGACACUCUUCCGAAACCGACUCUGCAUAGAUGGCGGUUUGACAUUGUUCAUGCCUCCAACUGCUGCUGCUAAAACGGUACGUGUUUGUGCAUUUCCCGCCACCCGACUAGGAUUGACUGGGAUUGGAAUAAGUCCGGAUUGCAAUCCUGUGGAUAGAGGAACCCCUCGUCAGCUUUUUCAAUGGGCACUCGAGCCAGCAGAAGACUAUGUCCUCGACAAACUUUAUGAGCUUGGAUAUCAAGAUGCAGCUGUCUGGGCUGAGCAGAACCCCGUUGAGUUAAUUGUGAGAGAUGACAACACUUCUCCUGAGACCCCUCCAAAUUGAUGAUUCUUAAGCAAACUAAUGAUACUGAUGUGACAUAGCAUUGAAGGUGGGUAUGGAAUGGGAUAUGGAUGACAUGGGUGAGAUAUAGUUAGACGGACAUACAUAAUGCAUCAUGGGCCUCAACUGUAGAUACAGCACUGAUUAAUGGCACAUAAACCAUGUAUUUAGUCA